AUGAAACUUAGACACAAAAAUAAAAAGCCAGGUAAAGGUUCCAAAGGCUGCAAGAAGCCUGCAAAGCAGAAUGGAAAGAAAGCAGCCACCAAAGUGGCCUCCUUUCCCCAGUUUGUCCACUCCAAUGAUCAUGCCAGUCGGGAGGCUGAGUUAAAGAAGAAGAGGGUUGAGGAGAUGAGGGAGAAGCAGCAGGCUGCCCGGGAGCAAGAGAGACACCGACGUAGGACCAUUGAAAGCUACUGCCAGGAUGUCCUGCGACGCCAAGAGAAGUUUGAGCGCAAGGAGGAAGUUUUGCAAGAAUUAAAUAUGUUUCCUCAACUGGAUGAUGAGGCUACAAGGAAGGCUUAUUACAAGGAGUUCCGUAAGGUGGUGGAAUACUCUGAUGUGAUUCUGGAAGUCCUGGAUUCCAGGGACCCAUUGGGCUGCCGCUGCUUUCAAAUGGAGGAGACUGUCCUACAGGCAGAAGGGAACAAGAAGCUGGUCCUGGUCUUGAACAAGAUUGACCUGGUCCCCAAGGAGGUUGUGGAGAAGUGGCUGGAAUACCUUAGGAAUGAGCUGCCAACUGUGGCUUUCAAGGCCAGUACCCAGCAUCAGGUCAAAAACCUGAAUCGCUGCAGUGUGCCAGUGGAUCAAGCCUCUGAGUCACUGCUGAAAAGCAAAGCCUGCUUUGGAGCUGAAAACCUUAUGAGAGUUCUGGGGAACUAUUGCCGCCUUGGUGAAGUGCGCACCCAUAUCCGUGUGGGCGUUGUGGGCCUUCCCAAUGUUGGGAAGAGCAGCCUGAUCAAUAGUCUGAAGCGCAGCCGUGCGUGUAGUGUGGGAGCUGUUCCUGGGGUCACCAAGUUCAUGCAGGAGGUCUACCUGGACAAGUUCAUCAGGCUGCUGGAUGCCCCGGGCAUCGUCCCAGGACCCAACUCAGAGGUGGGCACUAUCCUGCGCAAUUGCAUUCACGUGCAGAAGCUGGCGGACCCUGUGACCCCGGUGGAGACCAUCCUGCAACGCUGCAACCUGGAGGAGAUUUCCAGCUAUUAUGGUGUCUCUGGGUUUCAGACCACUGAGCACUUUCUGACUGCAGUGGCCCACCGCUUGGGGAAGAAGAAGAAGGGGGGCGUGUACAGUCAGGAGCAGGCAGCCAAAGCUGUCCUGGCUGACUGGGUGAGCGGGAAGAUCAGCUUCUAUACACUCCCACCCUCUACCCACACUCUGCCUACCCAUCUCAGUGCUGAGAUCGUUAAGGAGAUGACUGAGGUCUUUGACAUUGAGGAUACCGAGCAAGCCAAUGAAGACACCAUGGAAUGCUUGGCCACUGGAGAAUCGGAUGAGCUGUUGGGUGACAUGGACCCGCUCGAAAUGGAGAUCAAGUGGCUCCAUUCUCCGAUGGUGAAAAUAGCAGAUGCCAUGGAAAAUAAAACCACCGUGUAUAAGAUUGGAGAUCUUACUGGGUAUUGCACCAAUCCAAACUGUCAUCAGAUGGGAUGGGCUAAGCGCAAUGUGGACCUUCAGCCUAGGAACAAUAGCAUGGUGGGUGUUUGCUCAGUGGACCGCCGCCCAGUGCCACAGAGGAUCAUGGAGACAGACCCCCUGCAGCAGGGCCAGGCUCUGGCAUCUGCCCUGAAGAAUAAGAAGAAGAUCCAGAAGCGUGCAGAUAAACUUGCCAGCAAGCUGUCUGAUUCCAUGAUGUCUGCUCUUGACCUCUCUGGCAAUGCUGAUGACAGUGCUGGUGACUGA